UUGUGAAGUUUUGCCAUGUCUUCGGAUUGUCCGGUGGUGCAUCGGAAGUGCUUGGGCUGCCCUGCCCAGGGUGAUCUUGGACGCUGGUACGAGUGUUUUGUGUGCGGCUCCCAGAUCACAUUCUGUGGCGCCUGUUUCGAUCUGGGCAAAAAUCGAGUUAGCCCCAAGCACAAAUACUAUCACCCCAUGCGUGCCGCUUACAAUAAGAAAAUGCUGGACAUCUACUUUGGCGGCGAGGUGUUGGUGAAUGGCGAGGCUCCGCAGAGCUUCAAGUGUCCCUUUUGCGAUGAGUUGGGCUUCACCGCCGAGGAGUUGAUGGUCCAUGUGGAGGGGAAACAUUCCUCCCAUCCGGAUGCCUCUGCAUUGAUAGAAAUAUUGAAGAACAUGUGGAUUGCUCGCAAUGGUGCUUGUGGUUAUGUUCGUAGUCGUGCCAAGGAGCAGCAGCUAUCGGGUGGCAUACAGGAUGCCAUGGAGGAGGACUAUAAGAUAUCCACUGAGAUUCGCUGCCAGGAGAAGUCCCGCGGCGGACUGAGCUAUGAGGUCAUCCUGGCCGAACCGGCACCCAAUGUGGCCGUGCCCAAGCGUCCGGUCACCCCCGGCAAGAACGUCAGCGUGGAGGAGAUUGAGCAGAAGCUCAAGGCAGCCGAAGAGCGUCGCAUUUCUCUGGAGGCCAAGAAGAUGGCUGAUAUCUCGAACAAGUUGGCCAAGGUGGAUGAGGCCACCCGCAAGAAGGAUGAGAUCACCAAUGAGUUCAUCACUCAGACCAAGGAGCAAUUGGAGACCAAGAUGGAAUUGCAUGUGGAGAAACGCGAGGCAAUCAUCAGUGACAUGAAGGAGAAGCUAAAGAUUCAUGCUCAGGAGAUUGAAAAGACGCGCGAGACUUUGGAGCAGCAGAAGGCCAAUGAGCAGAAGGCCAUUGAGGAGAAGCUCAAGAUAGCUCAGGCUUUGCGAGAUGAAAACAUUAAGAAGAUGCUCAAUCGCCUCAAGGAGCAUAACACUGUCAAAAUUGCCGAGGUUAAAUCACACCAAGAUCAAUUGGAAUCACAAAAGAUCGAGGAGAAGGCGCGCAUAUAUGAAAACAAAUUGUUUGCCGCCGAGCAGAACCGCGAAAAGGAGAUACAAAAGAAAAUCGAAAAAGUGCAAAAACUUGAGCGUCGUGCCGAGCUCGUGCGCCAGAACAAGGCCCAGACCCAGGAUAUGGAUGGACAGCAGAAUGCCAUCGCCUCGUCGGGUUAGAGGAGCUGUGCAGGACGUAGACCGUCAUUACUUACUGCAACAACAAAACAACAAAAUAGAGAAACUACAACGGCAACACUACAUACACCAACCACACAUAUUUAAGCAAAAUCUAAAGCAAAAGGCAGCAUCAAAUUUGCUUCAAGAAUAUUUCAAGUAUUAUAAACGACAUAGAAGACGGGGCAGGGGCAUAUCGAAUGCAUCUCAAGAUUCCGCUGAGCGAGAUGAGGCCCUAGAAAGAUAUAGCAACAACCAGCAACAUUUAUUCACAAAUCUUUUCAACGAUACAAAACAAAACAAAAAGCAAGGUGAAAUCCGAGCGAUAUAGCAAACGGCAAAAUUAAUUUAAACAUCAAAUCUAUAAACAAAAGCCUUUCAAAAUACGUUUUCUCAAGUUCGAAUUUCUCGUUUUACACUUGUUCAAUUUGACGAUUUUAAACACCUUUAAAGCUCCUCCUCCUCCUACAGAUUGUCAUCAAACUGAACGAGAAAUUCGAAACAAACGUAUUUUAAAAUAAAAGCCAUACAA